AUGGCCAUCCCUCGAAUACACCCCGUCUACUCAACGCCCACCUUCUCCGCCCCAGACCCAGACUUUGUCAACGACAAGCUCAAAGCCGAGGAGAACAUCAUAUGUCGAAACACUACAGUUCCACUACCCAAUGUAUUAGCCUGCUACACUCACGGUCCUAUUGAUAGGGACCUUGAUGAUUACGGCAGUCUCUUUGACACAUAUAUAUUUAUGGACUUUGUUGAUGGCCAAACACUUGAUUCUGUAUGGGCCUCGUACAGUGAAGCUACCAAGGCAGAUACAUCCCAUUUGAAAUCGUAUAUGGAAGAUAUUCGCAGUAUUCGUGAGGAUGCGGAAUAUAUCGGCUCUGCGAACCACGGCCCUGUGACGAAUAUCACAUUGGAGAACUAUCAUGAUAAAGGGUCAGGCAUCUAA